UUUAAAGUUAAAAUCAGAGUUCCAAUGGACUUGCACUACUCUGUUUUCUUUUGCUUCAACGUGAAAAAAAGAAAAGAACAUAUUGAUGGUUUAUAUCGAUGUGUAAAUAGAGAGAAGUUUUUGGUGAAUACCCAUUUUUAAUACGAUGAAUACGAGUUGUUUUAAUGCAUUUCUCUUUCAAAAGAUGUUCACUCUUUGUGGAUUUUUCUCGGUCUUCAUAUCUGCUCUGUUUGCUUUCUUAAGCAAAGUUUUCUGCAGGCUUUCACAAUCAAACAAUCCAAUUGAAGAGAAAACAGAUGAAGCUAAGCCUGAUGCUAUUGAAUUGAAGGGUGAAGAAGAAGAAGGAGAAGAAGAAAUGUUUGAAGAAAAACCUGAGUCACCAAAGUUUGUUUUCAAGUUUCAGUUUCAAACUCAAACUUUUGAAGAAUUCAGCAACAAGUUUAGAGAUGAUGAGAAUCAUUAUGCUAUUGGCCUGGAAUCUGAUCCUUCAAUAAGCAUAACAAAUACGUAUGAGUUUAAUCCAGGGAAUGAUUUCGGCUUCGUAAUGGAGAAUCCGAAGGAUUCCAGCUUUUGUGUCAAUGAAUUAUACGCUGAUCCCAGCGAUGGGUUGUUUCCAAAACAAGAUUUCUCGGAACAAAACGUGAAAAGUGAAGCUGUUAUCGUUGAAGAAACGACAGAGAAUGAAGAACAAAUAGAAGAAACUGUUGAUUCCAAGCAGGAAAGUGUGAAGGAUUCAAUUUCAAACGAGUUAGAGACUUUGUGGGAACAUCAGCAUCUGAUAGAACAGCUGAAAAUGGAGCUGAAGAAGGUUAGAGCAACGGGUUUGCCAACGAUAAUGGAAGAAUCAGAGUCUCCAAAAAUAAUGGAUGAUUUGAAGCCAUGGAAGAUUGAUGAAAAGUUCCAACAUGCUGAUACAAUGAGUGAGCUUCACAAGUUUUAUAAGAGUUACAGAGAAAGAAUGAGGAAAUUUGAUAUAUUGAAUUACCAGAAGAUGUAUGCAAUAGGGUUUCUCCAGUCGAAGGAUCCACUUGAAUCGAUUUCACUUCACAAAUCAUCCUCAUCUCUUCUGCACCAAAACUUGAGGCUCCGACGUCGAAAAAAGUCUGAUUUUGACCCCACGGCCAAGUUCAUCAAUGAGCUCAACGGUGAUCUGGAAAUGGUCUACGUAGGACAGCUUUGCCUUUCCUGGGAAAUACUUCAUUGGCAAUACGAGAAGGCCAUUGAAAUAUGGGAAACCGAUCGUUAUGGCCUACGCAGAUUCAAUGAAGUCGCUUCUGAAUUUCAACAGUUUCAAGUUUUGAUGCAAAGAUUCAUCGAAAACGAACCCUUCCAAGGCCCCAGGGUGCAAAACUACGUAAAGAACCGCUGCGUCCUUCGUAAUCUCCUUCAAGUUCCAGUUAUUCGAGAGGAUAGUAUGAAGGAUAAACGGAAAGGUAGAAGAAAAGCAAGGGACCAUGAGGUUGAUGAUGAUGCCAUUACGAGUGAUAUGCUAGUCGAGAUCAUGGAAGAAUCGAUAAGAAUAUUUUGGCGAUUCGUUCGAGCCGAUAAAGGUGCAAAUGUUGUGAUCAAGAAUUCCAGGAAAGGGACUCAAGUAGAACCUUUAGAACCAGCAGAUCUUGAACUACUAGCAGAGGUUCAAACCAGCCUGCAAAAGAAAGACAGGAAGCUUAAAGACAUUUUAAGGAGUGGGAACUGCAUAUUGAAGAAAUUGAAGAAGAAUCAUGAGGAGAAUUCAGAUAAUGUUCUUCAAUUCUUCUCUCAAGUGGAUCUGAAAUUAGUGGCAAGAGUGUUGAGCAUGUCAAAAGUGACCAAAGACCAACUCUUUUGGUGCGACAACAAAUUGAGCAAGAUUAAUUUUGUUCAUAGGAAGAUUAAUGUAGAACCAUCAUUUUUGCUCUUCCCCUGCUGAUAUAAUUCAUAUAUACACUCAAUACUUCCUUGUAUGAUCCCUAAGUUUAUAACUCUCCUCUAACUAUUAAUCUCAAUAUUGUU